AUGUCCCGACAGAUCACCUUCUACACCUCCAGGAUCUGCCCUUGGGCUCAGCGAGUGGCGAUCGCAUUCGCGGAAGCCGGCGUGGAGCCCAAAGAAUACCGCGUAGACCUUGCGAACAAGCCCAGCUGGUAUCACGAGGUCAACCCGGCGCUCAAGGUACCGGCGGUUACCUAUGGUGGACCGGACGUCCCUGCCGACAAGCCCUCUCCUGAGAGCGUCAAGAUCGCAGAGUCUGGUGUUCUGAUCGAGUUCCUCGCCGACCUCUACCCCGGUCUCUUACCUACCGAUCCAGUCGAGCGUGCCAAAGCGCGCUUCUUCAUCGAGACCGCCAGCAGCAAGUUCCACCCCGGCUUCGGGGCGCUCUUCAUGCGCGGAGAGGGUCCCGAUGCAUUGUUCGCCGGCCUUGAAGCCGUCCAGUCUUUGCUUCCCGAGGAGGGCUUUGCGAUCGGGCAAUGGUCUAUCGCGGACGCAGCCAUCCAGCCGUUCCUCGGUCGCCUCGAGCUCCUUCUGCGCAACGACGUGGGCAAGUUCGCUGAGGGAGAGGGACCCAAGAUCUACAAGGAGAUCUUCGAGAAUGAGAAGUUCGCGCGGGUGGCCAAGUAUAUCAAGGAGUUCCUGGCUCGCGACUCAUGGAAGGUUACUUGGGACGAGGAAUCCGUUCUGGAGCUUCAGCGCCGUCGCUUUGGCCGUUCUUAA